AUGAAGUUUAUCUCUGUCCUCAGCGCCAUCUCCGCGAUCCUGUCCUGCACGGCUAUCGUCUCCGCACAGUCCAGCCCCGACCCCAUUGGCACAAUCUACGAUGGCCGUGUACCAAACGACCUAUACGGGUCCAACUACACCUACCCAUGGCCAGUGAAGCUAUUCAAAUUCUACAAUCAGCGCCAGAAGCUCACGAUGGCGUUCAUGGACGUCCCCGCAGGAAAAAAUGCCAAUGGCAAGACAGCAGUCUUGCUCCAUGGCGGGAACUUCUGCGGCGUGACUUGGUCGGACACAGCGCGCCAACUGUCGGCAGCUGGAUAUCGCGUCAUCCUGCCCGAUGACAUUGGUUUCUGCAAAUCGAGCAAGCCCCAGGGUUACUCUUACAAUGUGAACCAGCAAGCCUUGAACAUCAAUAGCCUACUCACUGCGCUCGGAAUCGAAAAAGCCACUGUCAUCGGCCAUUCAAUGGGUGGUAUGAUCGCCGCCCGCUACGGUCUGAUGUACCCCUCUGCGGUCGACCAGCUCGUCCUCGUCGAUCCUCUAGGCUUGGAAGACUGGGUCGCCAAGGGCGUCCCCUUCUUGCCCAUUGACCAGACCUACGCGAGCCAGGUUGUGCAGAACUUUGCCAGCCUCAAGGCUUAUGAAUUGGCCAGCUACUUCCACAAUGCUACCUGGAAGCCUGAGUACGAUACUUGGGUCCAAAUGCUGGCCAAUAUUUACGCUGGCGACUAUGGCUCACAGUAUGCGUAUGUGAUGGCCCUCGUUACCGACGCCCUGCUCAGCCAGCCGAUUAUCUACCAGCUGCCUAACCUGCAAACGCGUACCUACCUCAUGGUUGGACAAAACGAUAUUACAGCCCUUGGAAAGGCUUGGUCGUCCGCUACUGUUGCUGCGAAGCUGGGUCAUUAUGAUGUACUCGGUCCUGCGGCUGCAGCUAUGAUUCCCAACUGCACGUUCCAUAUGUUCCCCGGUCUCGGCCAUGCGCCCUUCCUCCAGGAUCCUCAAGCUUUCUAUGAGGUUCUGUUCUCUUGGUUGGAUUAA